AUGGCUUUACGCCUCGGCCCUCUGCCUGGCGCUCGGCCAAGAAGCAGCGCCCUCCGGCGCAACUUCCCGCGACUCGUCCCCACACCGGCUCAAGGCGACACAGCCUGCGCGACGUGGAGACUGGAGCGGACCUCCGUCGCGGCGCCCGAGCACUCUUGGUCGGCAUCAAGGAAGCGACGAGACACACGGCGCCCUCCGGCGUGGCCGCUUGCAGACACGGCUACUCCCGUGGCAUCAGGCCCUCAGCCACGGCCGCAACGUCUACGGCGGCAGUGCUCCAUAGCGCGGCAAUGCCUGUUACCAACCAUGGCCGUCAGCCUGGUCCUGCCCGAUGCGAAGGCGGCCUCCCGCAACAGCCAGAGGCGCGCGGCGACUCCCGGCGUCGACGGUCCUCGGCCCUGGGCCUCCAGGCGCGGUGCCUUCUAA